AUGGACUGUGAGUCUCCUGCCGAUGAUGAUGAUGAUGAUGAUGGUCUUGCUGAACGCUCAGUUCACUGUAAAAACCCAAGUGCCUUAAAACCUCAAGUUGCCACCCUGACUAUAAUCCCUCCCCUCACUGUGUCAGCAGAGGUCUGGAUGCUGCCGGCUCCCGGCACAGUCUCCAUGGAGUCUGUCAACAUGAGACACACACUGAGGUGGCGCCCCCCACAGGCGUCGUGCGGCACUUCAAUCCUCUACUCUGUCCAGUUCCAGGGCGAGUUCGAGCUGACGGUCCAGAACGGCAGCUGGGUGGACGCUCAUGAGUGCCAGCGGAUUCGUCACACUCACUGCGACCUGACCUCUGACCUGGGCUCCGACUCGGACUACAACCUCCAGGUCAGAGCGCAGUGCGGGUCGGAGCUCUCGGCCUGGACCGAACUCAGCCGACCCUUCAACCGCAGAGACACGGUGCUGACGGUGCCAGAGAUGAAUGUGUCGACAGUGGGCGGCGCCCUGCAAGUGUCGUUUGACAAACUUCCUCACACGGCCGUCGUCAAUGUGACGGUGUGGAAAAAAGGCGACGAGCUGCAGGCUGUUGUCUACAGGAUGCCAGCUGAGCAGAAAAUGCUGCAUGUCGCCGCCCUGCAGGAGGGAGUCGUGUACUGCGUCAGAGCUCAGACCAUCCUGCAACCGCAGCUCCAGAGCCGCAGCACCGACCCCCACUGUCUGUCCCUCACAGGUCCAGACGCUGCGUGGAAGAGGGCGACCACUGUGACCGUGACUGUCAUCAUCAUGGCGGGUGUCCUGUUCGCCGUGUUCUGGUCCAUCAGUCACUGUCAUCCAGAUGCCUGCCAAACAUAUUUCCAUAAAGAGCCACUGCCCGACUCGCUGAGGCAAACUGAUCUCGACAUUCAAAUCCAGAAGACUCAUCAGGAGGCGGAGCUUUGUGAGCGGAUCACUAUGGUGCCAAGCGUCGACUCAGAGCGCCAAGGGUCCAAGGCUGACGCGGGACUCAUGUCACUUCUGGAAGACCGGAGUAGUGAACUUCCAUUCACUGUGGAGUUUGUGGUGUAAAAGUUUCUCCUGCGUGUUACGGGAGUUGGUUGGAGUACGUGCUGCAUUCAAGUGCUGUGGGAAAAACUGGAACAAAAGAAGAAACAAAAGGGAAACGGCACAACAGCAUGGAGACACAACUGGUCUGCGUUGGAAGGGGGUCAAACCAGGACACAGAGUUUGUGGCCUACAGGAGGUGAAACAUGAGGCCCUGAUGACGUCUGGUUUAAUAGGAAAAUAUCCAAAAAUGACAUGUUUGUUUCCAAUUGGGUGUAUAUGACUCUUGUCCACCUCUCUUGUGAUUUUACUAGAUGCUCUAUAAAACAAACUGGUCGCUUUUGAAUAUGUAUUAGUGUCAAAUCAAUUCACUUCAAGUUUGAGGAGACUGACAUUCACCAUUUUUCCUUCACAUGUCAACAUGUGUUUGAUUGAGGGAAACAGGGUUAAACACUGACUCUGACACUGUAGGUAACUGUCACAGACAGAAACUAAGACAAGGGCAACACCUGGACAAACACAAACAUGACAGAAAGAGGGGAGGAACAGGUGAGAUGACAAACAGCGUCUUAAAUUAUGUUUCAUAAAAACAUGGAAAUCAUGUAAGAUCAUCU